UGCAACACUAAGAUGACCACGCAGCUGGUGGAGGUUGUGGAUCCGGCCGCUGGCGCGGUGCCCUCUGCUGCUGCUGGAGCUGGGUUCGUGCAGAGGAUCGUGACGUACACUGUGAUGGACGACCUGAAGGUGUCGCCCAUGUCUUCCAUCUCUGGGAUCACCCUCCUCAACAAGUGUGGGGUCACGGACAUCGGGUCGCUCCAGGAGAAGACCGUGCAGCUUGGCUACGAUGAGGGGCUGGAGAUACUGAAGGCGUCGCUACAGUCAAAGACGGUUCUCACUGACGUCUUCCUUCCAAAGAGAAGCGCAAGGGAUGAAGAAUUUCCGAGCAUCCAUGCAUGCGCCGGUUUGGCGUUCACAUGCUGUCUUGUGUUCACCGGAGCGUCCUUGGCCUCGUCGUUCUUGUCCGUGGUGUCCUAGCUUAUUUCGUUCAGGUCGUUGGUGUCAGUGUUAAUGUAACAGCUAUGUGGGGAGUUCGUCGUCAGUGUUGCCUUUUGAAGUGUCCAGUUUGUUUCUGUUGUUUAGUUUGUGUGUCCGGUUUAAAUUCCAUAAUUUGGAACUCUUGUCUGGUUUGAAGAAAUGUUUGGAAUCGCCUUAUUUGGAUGGGAUGAUGCUUUAGUAGUACUCUACCAA